UUCAAUAAUACGAGAGCUUUCCUACGAGCAGGCAGAAGCUGCUGAUAUGUUAAAGUGGAAGUCUCCUUCACUUCAAAACUGUAAAUAAGUUAUUUUUAUAGACAUUAAAAUGAUGGCGAGGCAAACCGCGCGAGAGAGCAGUCAGCCCACCUGUUACUAUCAGGGAUACCUGGAGAAGAGGUCGUUCAAAGAUAAGACUUCUCGGAAACUGUGGGCGUGCCUGUGUGGAAACACGCUGUUCUUCUUCAACGAGAAGAGAGACAGCGAUUACAUAGAGAAAGUGGAACUCAGUGGGAUGAUCUCAAUAACAGACGACGGCAGCCAGGAUCGAAACCUGGACGCAGCCAGACUCAACCUCCAGAUGAAGGAUAGAAAUAUCAAAUUCACUACUCCUAAUGCUGAGGCCCGUGAGCUGUGGAAGGGCUUCAUCCGCUCUGUGGCUGAGCUGUCGGUACCGUCCUCCCUCAACCUGCUUCCGGGCCAGAUCCUCAUGCUGAAAGAGACCGUAGAAAAGGAAAAGGAAAGAAUAAAACUUGCUGCUGCUGCCAUUAACUCCAGCACCUACAUCACCCUGCAGGCAGAGAUGCCAGCCUGUUACCAUGUUGUUUCCCGUCUGGAGGCAGAGCUGCUGCUCGAGAGAGAAUCCAAGAGAGGAAACUUGCUGCUGAGGCCGGGGAGGAUUGUUAACUCCUUCGCUGUCACCACCAGGCAGGACCUUGAAGGCUCUGUAUUCAGACACUAUCGCAUAAAUCGUAAAGCUGACGGGGGCUUCGCUAUUGAAGUUGACAAUCCUAUCCCCUGUGCCACACUUCAUGAUGUGAUCAACUAUUUAGUGGAAACAACGGACGGCGUUUUGAUUCCUCUCAUCAUCGAGGAAGCCUACGAACAAAGAAUCUCCUAUAUUCAGUCUGAUAAUGAAAAUGGAGAGAUUAGCGUUCGGCAGGCCCCGGCAAACCUGGUCCCACCGAGUGUACCCCCCAAACCAGUGUCUCUAAGAAAACCAGAGCCAGAACCAAUCGAGGAGGAGAACGUUUAUCUGAAUGACCAACCGGAGGAGAAAGAAACAGAGUCGGAGGAUUCCUCAGCCGUUCCACUCCCACAACCGGAGAAAAAAGCUACGAGGAAAGCAAUUAUGCCUCCAAAUCCAACUCCUGCUCCUCGCAUGCUGAGCACAGCUUCAUCUUCCACCUCCUCUUCCUCCUCUACAAGCAGCACUCUGAAGUCAAGUGCUUCCGCCGCACAGAUCUCCCAUCCCUCCUCAUCAAACAGCCGGGAUCUGAGGAUGAGGAGACUCACAGAGCCCACCGGACAGAUUCCUUUUGCUGCCAUGUCUGAGCUGAAACUAAGGCUGGAACAGAAGGUCAGGUGUCAAGAGUGACCUCUCCUGGUGGGAUCCUCUCAAAGCGUCUGUGAAACCCACCACCACCAGUGACUCAAACCAGAACACACCCCUCACCAGUCUGUUCCCCCAACACAUGGGAGUGUGUAGAGCAGCUGCUUCCACACAAACAAGCUCCUUCCUCCUCUUCAUCGUGACUCUGCUCCUCCUCGUCAGCUGGCUGUCGGCAGCAAAGCCUCUCCGAAGAUUAACACUUUAUUGAUUCACCCGUCUAAGACACUCAUUAGCAAAUGAAUCAGCUGUAACGAGGGGUGUACCUGUCACAUUAUCCACACCCUGUUUCUCUUGUGCAUUUUGCACAUUUACCACUGACUGUCCGUUUUCCCCCCAUCAGACUGUAUAUUAUUGUUUUAUUGAGUAAUCAACUUUUGAAUUGUAUUGUAUAUAUUUGUACAUAGCUAAUGUACAAAUAUAGUCAAACAAAUGUAUUGCUGCCUCUCUUUACAGUCAACUGUGAAUGAAGAAGAGUUGGGGGGCUAGUGUGACUAUUGAAGGCAAUUGUAAAACUGUCACAUCAUAUUAAAUACAUGAAUCAGCAACUUUGAGUAUGUGCUAUGCAACAGUUAGAAAUCAGUUUUAUGAUGUUCUGUAUCUGCUAUAUUUCCCGUGUAACAACCAGCUUUUGUUAAAUAAAGCAGACAUCUGUUUCUUA